AUGUCUCACAUUUGUAUCGGGCCAAAAGGAUCUGGAAAAACGCAUUUACUGCAUUGCCUGAAGGAAGUGGAUUCGAUCAAUGAGACCUCGCAUUCGGUGUCAACAGUGGGCACAAAUAUUUUCACCGUAAAGAACCCCAAUGUGAAGGAUUUCGAGAGCAAUAAGCAGAAAUCUAAGCAAAUGCUCAGUGUACAAAUUCGCGAAAUCGGAGGGACAAUGGCACCAAUUUGGCGAAGAUACUUUGAGGAUGUUACUCACGUGAUUUACGUCGUGGACACUUCAAAUCUCUGCCAGAUUUCCGCUGCUGGCGUCCUCCUGUACACAAUCCUCACGGAGCCUCGUCUCCAGACAGCUGAGAUGCUUCUGGUGCUGACCAAGAUGGACCUAGCCUAUCGUCAGAUGCGAAAUGAAGCUCUGCUGAUGCUUCAGCUCACGAAACUGCGAAAGGAACUGCGACAGAGAAUCACAGUGGUUGAAACGAGUUCUGUGACAAAAAGUGGCCUCAAUGAUGUCCUGGAUUGGCUCUUCUUGCACCCCAAAAAAACCACUCAAUUGAAAGGGCCCCAGUCACACUAA